AUGUCGGCGCAGAGAACAAGUAAAAAUGCAGAAAGCUGCCAGAAAGACGCAAAAGUCACAUACAAAGGUGUUGCUGAGAGGGAGGAUGACAUCUGGCCAGUCCUUAGCCGGCCACCACUCCUCCCCCGGGAGCCGGAAUUAGGAAACCCUGGACACGCCGCUACUAAGUCCUCGCUGCUGCUGAAGCACCUCCCCAGGCUUAUAAAGGUCACCGCGCUGCGCUGGGCAGUUGAGCUCACUUGCCUGGCGGCGCAGAGUCACAGCGACUUGGUUGGCUCCAGCCCCUGGGUCAGCCCAACUCCAUCCAGCUCAGCCGCAGACUCCUGGCUCCCGCCCUCCCGCCGCCCCGCACUCUGCAAUCUGCCCAGAGGGAGGAGGAUGGAGACGCUCUCUGCCGCUCGAGUCAUGGCGCUGCUCUGCCUGGGUUUCCACCUUCUACCAGGGGUUAUCAGCACAACCGUGAUUCCAUCAUGCAUCCCAGGAGAAUCCGAGGACAACUGCACAGCUCUAGUUCAGACGGAAGACAACCCCCGUGUGGCGCAAGUGUCAAUCACCAAGUGCAGCUCUGACAUGAAUGGCUACUGCUUGCAUGGACAGUGCAUCUACCUGGUGGACAUGAGUGAGAACUACUGCAGAUGUGACGUGGGCUACACUGGUGUCCGGUGUGAACACUUCUUCCUCACCGUUCACAAACCCUUGAGCAAAGAAUACGUUGCCCUGACAGCGAUUCUCAUUCUCCUGUUCUUUGUCAUCACCGCUGGGUCCAUAUACUAUUUCUGCAGAUGGUACAAACAUCGAAAAAGUAAUAAAUCGAAGAAGGAAUAUGAGAGAGUAACUUCCGGAGACCCUGCAGUGCCACAAGUCUGAACAUCACCAUCAAGUUCUGAACCGGGAUGCAUAGCAUGCCUGGUUAAUGUCAAUAUUUCAUUUUAUUAAUAAUAUUUAUGUUGGGUCAUGUGUUAGGUCAAUAACUGUUUAUAUUUUAAUAUAUUUGGAAAGUGUUUUAUUUUUGACAGACUAUUUGUUAAUAUAUUAUAUGUAAAGUAUUUAAUAUCAAAAGAAAAUUGAUAUUUUUGUAAGAAUUUCCUGAGUGAAAUGCUUUAUUGAAAAGCGUCAAAGCUCAGUAAGCUGGAGCAAUGCUCGGAGUCAGCAAUGCCCAGCCUGACGCAAGUGCCAUUCCGGUGGGCCUAAUAAUAUGGUCAAAUCAAUUGCAUCAAUAAUCUGUUUUCUACUUCUCAGAUCUAUGACAACUGACUUGACUAUAUCAGGGCUUGGCACAGAGGUUGACACCUCUGCUUCAUGUGUUAAAACAGUAAUAAGGGGAGGUAAACACAACUUGUGUGCCUCACACCACACCCGUGAGCCAACCAAUCCUGGAGAGGAGCUCUCCUCAGCAUCCCUGCUAUUUGGUACAGACGUGCCUAGAGGGGUCAAAGGACAAGCCCUAUGCUAACCCACCUGAAGCAGGGGCAUUCCGUUUAUGUAGAGUACAUCAUUUAUGUGAAGUCCUUCUUGAACAUCAAUCAGAAAAUCCACAUUUGAAGAAAAUUUGAACUCCCUUUUAGAUUAUUUAUUUUUAUAGGGAAUUUACUGAAGAAUUGUAGGAUUAAAUCUGAAUCUCAAAUCAAAUUAAUCAUAAUUUUAAAAUGCAGCAGGUUGCUAGUCAGAUCUUAUCUAACAUGGAAAUGUACUUUUUAUUUUAUAUUCAAGAGGUUUUGUUCGUUUUUUGUUUUUUGUUUGUUUGGGUUUUUUUGUUAUUUUUCUUUUUUUACUCAGAGUUUCACUCUUUUGAACAGAGUGGCUCCAAACUCAUGGUAAUUCUCCUGCCUUAGCCUCCUUGGCUCUGGGCUCAUAGGCCCACAUUACCAUGCCCAGUUUCAAGAGAAUUUUCACUAACAACUAGUUCAGCAAAUACCUUAUUUCAGAUUUUAAAGUUACAUUUUAAAAACAUGGGCCCUCUCCCUGUCAUUAGUUUGCACUUAUGGAAAGAGAGAAGCUAAGUCUCUGCGCUGCCUGUUGGCUCUCGGACUGUAGGUCCUCCUGAGUCACUCGCGUAUUCUGUGUGGUUGCCUCAGGAGUCCCGGCCGGCACACCUUGGCCUUUCCUGGGAGGCUGCCUAACCGAAGGCUCAGCCUUAGGUGGAAUCUCUCUGGAGCACAUUCCAGGCCAGGGAGAGUCUAUUCUUCCUCCACCUUUUUCCUGGCACGUGCUAGGGCAGCCAAGCCAUCAUGAGUUGCUUCUGACCUCUAGAGUGCGAGGGAAGAAAACAUUCCUGCCCUUUGGAGCCACUCAUGGAAAACCCUGGAAGGUUCACACAGCUCACAUCAAAAAUCCGGGCCUUACUAUGUGGGGAAGCAGCAGAUAAGAGAAGCAAUGCACACUGCAUUACUGUACACACGCUUGUGCAUACACACGCUUGUGCAUACAUACCCGCCACACUUUGCAGAAUUCCAGCUGUUUAUUUCUGCAUUAGCCAACAUAUUUACUUCUAAGAUGACAAAGGCAAAUGAAAGUCAGUGAUAUUUAAAGGUAUAUUUCUUUGUCAUUUUAUUUAGCUAAAGUCUAAGGUCCUGAGUAAGAACACAUUUUAAAUCCCAUUGGUACCAACUGGACAGAGAGAAACCUGGCCUAUUUUAAGUGACCUUGACUUCUCCAGAUGAAAGUUUAAAGCUCAUCAAGAACUGAGCUAGAAUAGAGCCAGUUAAUUUACAGAUGCCUAAAAAGGCUUUUAGAUAUGAGUAUCUUGCUCCACUAUGAGCAUUUCCAAUCACAUCACAGAAUUUGAUGCAAGAACUUUGGAAUAGCUUUGCAUAUCUUUAAACAUUUUUUAAAAAAUC